AUGGAGAUGGCGGAAGGCGGCAAUGUGAUGCAUCAUUGCAACGAAGUCCUCAACGCGAAGCUCAGCAGCAUCGGCGCCAAGAUGGAGGACGAGGACGUUGCGAUCUGCUUACUGCGCAGUCUGCCCAAGAGUUUCGAGAACGUGGUUCUCAACUUGGAGAUGAGCAGCGCAGAGCUUCGAUCGCGGGACGUCGUGAAAGUGCUCACGAACGAGCAUGUCAAGCGGCAAGGUGACAAGACGACAUCGACCAAGCAGAAGAACGAAAAUCAAGGUGGAGCUCGACGCGGCGGCAACAAUGCUCGUGGACGCGGAGCCAACAACGUUCAGUGGCGAACCAACAACAACAACGACGACGACAACUACGAUCGAGUUGCGUUCGCGGUUUCGCUGGAGGCUGGACUUUCGACGGGCAAGAAUAUGCCAGGGAUGUGGGCAGUCGACAGUGGUGCGACGCAUCACAUCUGCAACGACAAAGCCAAGUUUGCAAGCCUGAAUGAGCGAGAGGAAGGCGAACUAUCAGUGGCUGAUGGCAGCGAGGCUGCGAUCAAGGGUGUGGGAACCAUCAUGGAACGGGUGGUUCUGCCCAAUGGUGACGAACGCGACAUCAAGAUCAAGGACGCACUGUUCGUACCAAGUAUGAGCAAGAAUCUGCUUUCGGUGCCACAGAUCAACAAGGGUGGAAGGUUCCAAGUCGUGUUCGAUGGGUCCAAGAUGCAAGUGAAGCGCAAGAAUUCCACACAAGUCGUGGCAACAGCGGAUCUCGUCGAUGGACUUUACUGGCUGCGGACUCCUCAACGAUCGGCAAAUGCAGCAACACGCAAUGGGACCAUCGACUUGCAUGCGCGCAUGGGUCAUGCACCCCUCGAAGUUCUGCGCAAGAUGGUGGCCACUGGCAUGAUCAAGGACGCCAAGGCACCUCUCAACUCGACUGGUCCAAGUGUGUGUCGCGGUUGCCAGCAAGGAAAGAUGGUCCAAAAACCAUUCCCAACCAACCGUGACAAACGCCAAUAUGGUGUGUUCGAGUUGCUGCACUUCGACAUCUGCGGGACAAUGGAACAAGUCUCGAUCGGCGGCAGCAGAUACUUACUGCUUGUGGUUGGCGAAGCCAGCGGUUGCAUAAAGGGCUUCUGUCUGCGGUCCAAGUCUGAGAGUGAAGACUGUAUCAAGAACCACAUUAUCAAGAUUCAGACUCAGUGCGGCACGAAGAUCAAGUUUGUUCGGCACGAUGGAGCGCAUGGGUUUGCGACCAACUCCAUCAAGACCUUCUACGAAGAUCAUGGUAUCGAACAACAGGUCACGGUGCCGUAUGCACACCAGACCAACGGCACCGCAGAACGCGCGAUAAGGACCAUCGUCACAAUCGGACGCAGCUUGUUGCAUCAUGCAAAACUGGAGAAGUGUUUCUGGGCUGAAGCGGCAAUGACGGCGAUCUACAUCAAGAACCGCCUGCCUUCACCCAAGAUCGACCACAAGACUCCGUUCGAGAUCGUGUACAAGUCGAAACCAAGUGUCAAGCACAUGCGCGUGUUUGGAUGUCGGGCGUUUAUCCUGACACCAAGGGAGAAGCGAUUGAAGUGGGACCCGAAGGCUCGUGAAGGGAUGUUCAUGGGCUACGAAGAAGCGUCAAAAGCUUAUCGAGUUGACGAUGAUGAAGAUGCGGAGUUGGACCUCGACCUCCUGGCGAUCAACGAGGACGACGUGCGUCAAACCGUCUACAAGCAGACUGGCAAGCGCAAGAGUGAAGCAAGACCCGGCAUGUCACGUUCAGCUCGCCAUCGAACUGGGUUGGAACAAGCAAGUGCGCCGGCACACGUCUCCAACCGUCACCAGAAACGACGAUCAAGUGCUCCAGAAACGAUGUCUGAUGACGACGAAGAUGCAAGCGUCUACGAUCAAGAUGACGACUCGACGCCUCCAACAUUUUGGCGUGCAAGUGCAAACGCAGUGGAAGCAACGGACCUAGCAGAACCUGUGACUUUUCAAGACGCGAUCAAUGGUCCUGAUCAAGCUCACUGGCGAAAUGCUGUGAAGGCGGAACUCAAGUCGAUGCAUCUUCGUGGAGUUUUCCGUGCGGCAAAACUGCCAAGAGGCCAAGGCGCGAUCGGCACCAAGUGGGUGUUCAAGAUCAAGCGCAAAGCGGAUGGAUCGGUCGAGAAAUACAAGGCGCGUCUCGUUGCCAAGGGCUUCAAGCAGAAGUACGGCAUCGACUACACAGAGACGUUCUCGCCCGUUGUCAAGUACGUGACACUGCGUAUGGUGAUCGUGAUCACCAAGUAUUUCGACUGGCCACUGGACCAACUCGAUGUGGUGACAGCCUUUCUCUACGGAGUGAUGAAGGAGAAGGUGUACUGCGUGAUACCAGAAGGCGUCGAGAUGGAUGGCGACUUCGACUGUCUCGAGUUGGUGAAGGCGAUCUACGGUCUCAAGCAAGCUUCACGUGUGUGGAACGAGACUUUCGACGAGUUCGUAUGCUCUAUCGGUUUCGAAGCGUCGGCGUUCGACCCAUGUCUCUACAUCAAGGUUGUCGACGGUCACUGUGUGCUCGUGCUGGUCUACGUGGAUGACGUGUUGGUCACCGGCAGCUCGCUCGAGUUGAUUGCGCAGACGAAGGCCGACCUCAAGACGCGUUUCGAGAUGACCGACAGUGGCAAGUGUACUUUUGUACUGGGCAUCGAACUGGUGGACGAAUCGGAUGGCAGCGUGACGAUGUGCCAGCGACGGUAUGUCAACGACAUCCUCAAGCGCUUCGGCAUGGAUGAGUGCAAGGCCACAGCAAGUCCGGUCGAUUUGAGCACUCGGCUUGUCGCAAGCAGCGAAGCGACCAAGAUCGACGUUCCGUUUCGUGAAGCUGUGGGAGCUUUGAUGCACUUGACGACUGCGACGCGCCCGGACAUUGCGUAUGCUGUGGGGUACGCUUCGCGCUUCAUGGAGAAUCCGCAGCAAGAACAUUGGACGGCGGUGAAGCGCAUCUUUCGUUACUUGCGAGGGACCAAGUCGCAUGGACUCCGCUUCCAGACAAGCGACAAGAUCGACUUUCGUGGCUACUCGGACGCGGACUGGGCCGGCGACCACGCUGAUCGCAAGUCGACUUCGGGUUACACUUUCAUGCUGAUGGGUGCUCCUGUGAGUUGGGGAAGCAAGAAGCAGUCAAGUGUGUCGCUGUCGACGAGUGAAGCGGAAUACAUCGCACUGAGUCUGGCCAUCCAGGAAGGCAAGUGGGUGCAUCGCCUGCUAUGCGAGAUUUUGGCGGCCGCAAACGAACCAGGACCGGACCUCGUCAUCCGUGAAGACAACCAGUCGUGCAUCAAGAUGACGAAGAAUCCGGUGAAUCAUGGCCGCGCCAAGCACAUCGACAUCAAGUACCAUCACAUCCGUGAUGAGGUCAAGCGCGGUGAAGUGCAGCUCGAGUAUUGCGAGCCUUCCGUGAUGAUGGCGGACAUCAUGACCAAGGGACUUUCGGGACCUCGUCACAAGGACUUGACGACGGCUCUCGGCAUUCGUGCGAGUUCGGAUUGA